AUGCAUCUGUUACCCGUUUAUCUGGUUUUGUGUUUUUUCGGAAGUAGUUUCGUCGAAAGUCAACUACUUGCUCCCACGAAUCAAUGGAGUCAAAGGAGAUCUUUUCGCCCGGGACUUUUUCGCGCUUGUGACUUACCAAAGAUCAAAAAUGGCGUCGUUCGAUUGAGACAACGGGGGCGACUUGCGAUGUUCAAUUGUCGUUCGCCUUAUAUUUUGCAUGGCGAUCGUUAUUCGUCUUGUAUUUCCGGUAGAUGGGAUGUUCCGCCUCCGAUUUGCAUCAAAUCUGGUUGUACAGUUCUUCCUACUCCAAACAACUCGGUAGUUUAUCCGCAGCAUGAAAACGCAAUUUUAACCAUGUUUUGCCAUUCAGGCUACCAAAGAGUUGGCAGUGCCCAAGCUUAUUGCGAUGGCGAAAAUUGGGAUCGCCCUUUGGGAGUUUGUCGCGAAAUCAGUACUUCCGUUCAGACAAGUUGCGAUUUCGAAAUUGAUGAUUUGUGUGGAUGGACUCAGGAUGCCAAUCAUGAUUUCGAUUGGAAACGUACCAAUGGCGUCUUUUUCGGGAAAGUUUUGAGCAUUGGACCGAAGCAUGAUCAUACCAUUGGGAGACCAUUAGAAGGUUAUUACAUGUACCUUGACAUGAAAGAUGAGGACGUUGGAACAAAAGCUCGUCUCGUUUCGCCAACUUUUAAUGCGACUCAAAGCGAAAAUGCUUGUUUCCGGUUAUUUUAUCACAUGUUUGGGUUGUCGCCCGGCAAGUUGCGAGUUUAUGCGAAACCUCUUUCGACGGAAAUUAUGGAUGCCGUUACCAAUGAUGGGUAUAAAUUCUUCGAAACGCAAGGGAAUCAAGGAAAUUUAUGGAAGGAGGGAUUUUUUCAACUUCCUGUGUUUAAGGAGGAAUUUCAAAUUAUCAUUGAAGGCACUUCUACAAGGUCCUAUGAUAGUCAUAUCGCGAUCGACGAUCUCUCAUUGAUGAAUGGAACAGAUUGCGAUCGAAAUGAAGCCACAAAUAACGACGAUCCUGAAGAGGAAGAUGGCAUUUUUGGGACUCAAUCGUGCGAAAAUCGAUGUUCAGAGGAAGAAACAACGCUCUUGGGAGACUCAACGGAUAUUUUGACCUUCAGUAACGGGACAAAAGUUAAAAAGUGCGAUUGUUUCUAUGGAUGUGAAGAUAUCAAAACUUGCUGUCAAAACUAUCGAGCGAUUUGUGCUCAAGCUACAACUCCUGAAGAAGCUGUUUCGCCAACGGAAGUUGCUGUAAAGACAACAACGACGACAAAAAGGACAACAACGAGUACGACAACGAGGUCAACGACGACUUCGACAACGACUCCGAAGACAACUACGGUUAAAACGACGCCGAAAACGACUCCGACGACGAAAAAGUCAACGACGAGGAGUACAACAACAACGAGUUCGACGACGACAACGACCCCAAAGACGACAAAAACGACUCAGAAGACGACGAAGAUGACAACAAGUACUUCUAAGGUGACGACUCCUGCUAAAAUUGUUGAUGAUGUUGUUCCAUUGGAGACUACCACGUAUGAAGAUGAUUAUUCGGGAGAGGAUUUUGUGCCAUUGCCUCCUGGAAAACAUCAUCAAGAAGUCACAUUUCCCGACUCCUCAAAAGACACAAACUUCAUUUUCUCCACAAUUAUCACAGGAAUCUUAAUUUUCAUCGCUCUGAUUGGCAUCGCCGCCGGAACAUUUUACUACAGACGCCAAAAAUACGAUCCACGGAAUUAUAAACAGAACAACGGCGGCAGCGGCGGCGAAAUGCAUGCCGGAGAUGAAUUCAGCGAAGUUCGUUUCCUAACUAACGAUGAACAGCUAGAUUUUGCCUUGCAAACACCCUCAACGAGUACCAAAUAAAUAAUUAGGAUAUGAA